AUGGCUCAUACAGAACAAUAUGGUAUUCAAACUGAUUCAAUGACAUGUCAAAGAUUUAUUUUGGCAGAACAAAAGAAGUAUCCUGAAGCAACAGGAGAUUUUUCACAUCUUAUUACUUCUCUUCUUACUGCUUUUAAAGCAAUUUCUUGUGCUGUUCGCAAAGCUGGACUUGCUUCAUUAUAUGGCAUGGCUGGUAAUACUAACAUUCAAGGUGAAGAGGUUAAAAAACUUGAUGUUUUGUCAAAUGAAUUAAUGAUUAAUAUGCUUACCUCUUCAUAUACUUGUAAUGUUCUUAUCUCUGAAGAAAAUGAAACAAUUAUUGAAGUUGAAGAUGCAAAAAAAGGAAAAUACAUUGUAACUUUUGAUCCUCUUGAUGGAUCAUCUAAUAUUGAUUGCCUUGUUUCAAUUGGAACAAUUUUUGGUGUUUAUAAAAAGAUGUCUCCUGGUAAAACGGCUAUUGAGAGCGAUUAUUUACAACCAGGUAAUAAAUUACUUGCUGGUGGUUAUUGCUUAUAUGGUUCAGCAACAAUUGUUGUUCUUUCCACUGGUCAUGGUGUUAAUGGAUUUAUGCUUGAUCCAUCAAUAGGAGAAUUUAUUCUUACAAAUCCAAAAAUGAAAUGUCCAUCUAAAGGAAAAAUUUAUUCAAUUAAUGAAGGAUAUGCUGCAAAAUGGUCUAAAGGUGUUUCUGAGUAUGUAAGAACACGAAAAUAUCCAGAAAAUGGAAAGAAAGGAAUGGCUCAACGUUAUGUUGGUUCUAUGGUUGCUGAUGUUCAUAGAACAUUAUUAAAUGGUGGUAUUUUUAUGUAUCCAGCAACUACUGAUGCUCCAAAAGGAAAACUUCGUAUUUUAUAUGAAUGUUUCCCUAUGGCAUUUGUUAUUGAACAAGCUGGAGGUUUAGCUACAACAGGAAAUCAACGUAUGUUAGAUGUUGUACCAACAAAAAUUCAUGAUAGAUCACCAAUAUUUUUGGGAUCUAAAGAAGAUGUUGAAGAAUUAUUAGAAUAUAUAAAAAAACAUGACUAUUAA